AUGACUAUGAUCACGGAAGCUGAAGUUGGUGGAAAAGUCUGGCAGCUUGACACCACAAGAUUAUCAUCACAAAUUUAUCCACCAAGUGGAGAAAUUAACAACUUUCCUUUCUCAUAUGAUAAUCCAAAUUUCCAUCAAGUAUUGAUGAUCCAAACUUCACAAUCCUAG